CACGCAUGAGCACACGCAAUUACGACACACGCGGACGUCGCUGCUGAAAUCUCCAUGGAGAUCGUGAAACUAUGGCGGAGAACGAGGAAGAAACAAAUUUACCCCAGUUUGGGGCCCCAACCCCAAGUGUCACAAUAGACAUGUUAGAGACCCGUCCAAACACUCACAUUCUGCUGGAUUCAGUGACGCCAGCAGCUGCAGAAGGUAUACAUAGAGGAGCCAGUAGGCUAGAUCCUGCAGGCGGUGCUGUGAGUAGGGCAUUGAGUGUCGUGAGUGGAAGCAAUGCCCAGGAAAGUCACAUCUCGGAUAUGAUCAAACGUAUGGAGGAAGAUCCCUUUGAUGAAGACCAGACUGAGCUUCGUUUCCUCCACUCUAAGCCCACAUGCUUCAUUAUCCUGGGUAAACCAGGGGUAGGGAAGACCACCUUAGCCAAGAGGUUAGCCCAGGCAUGGAGAUGUCAGAUGGUGAAUGUAACGGAGUUGAUGCUCCAGCAUAUUGACCUCCAGACGGAGAUGGGUGUAAGACUCCAGGAGAUCCUUCAUAAAGGUGGAGCGGUCCCAGAGGAGCUUGCUGUCAAGCUGAUAGAGGAUAAGAUAAACUCGCCAGAGGUGGCACAUCAUGGUUAUGUCUUGGAUGAUUUCCCCUGUGUAAAUGAAGAGUACAUGAAUGUUUCAGAUCAACUAGAAUUUGUCAAAAAUUGGAAACUUAAACCAGAUUUCAUCAUCAACUUAAGGAUACCUGAUGAAGACCUUGAGAUGAGGCGGAUUGGACAACGAGUAGAUUCACUAAACAACACACUGUAUGCACAGGAUGUAUGGAACCCUGAGAAACCAGAACCACAGCAGAAGAAAGGAGGUGGAGGAGAAGAUGAAGAGGAGGAAGAGGAAGAAGAGGAGGAGGAAGAAGAACCAGAAAUGAAUCUAGACCCUGAAAUGGGAGAGGAAGAGAAGAUAGAAUUGACGAUGGAGAUUAUUGAGAGAUUGGUUCAGAGACCUGAAGAUCUGAAGCCCCAUGCUGCUGAGAGUAUCAAUGCUUACAAAGAUAAAUUACUCAAGAUGUUUGAGGAUUACAUGGCAGAUCAUGAUCAGCAGUAUUUGAUUGAGAUGGACGGGAACAAAACGGCUCCUUUCCUCUUCAGAGAACUCAUGAACAAACUCAAUACCUACAUACUCCGUCGGGCUGCCGUACCAAUCCGCCUCCAGAACGCUGAGGAAGAAGACAUCCCUGAUGAUAUUGAGACAGAAGAACUCAUGAGGACAUUGGGCGGGACCAACAUGGUUGCCCCGAGAUACAGGUGGAGGAGGAGCAAGUGGGCGAGGGCGUGUCCUGUUGAGCUGCAGAAAGGGAAUGUUGUCCAGGGAAAGCCGGAAUUCGCAGUUGGAUUCUUGGAUAAGAUCUAUGUAAUGUCAGGCCCUGACGCCAUGGAGACCUUCUUGAAGAACCCUCGUCCAUACCUAGUUAGUCCUCAGCCCAGACCACCUUGUAAGCUGUGCGUAGUAGGACCACCUCUUUCAGGGAAGACGUCACUUUGUCAUCUGCUCUCUCACAAGUUCAAUGCUAGGGUACUAGAUGUGAAUGAACUAAUCAAAUCACGGAUGGAGUCUCACAAAGCUAAACAGAUUGAACUAGCUAAACAAGAAGCUAUAGAGUCAGCUGUAGCGACAAUCAAAGCCAAACUCAGAGAAAAGGAAGAAACUGGAUCGGAAGGGGAUGGUCCUGAUGAUCACGAUGAUGCCCCUGAAGAAGAGAAAGAAGCGAAGACAUCAGAUACAGAGGAGUCUAGAGCGGAAGGGGAGGGGGAGGAGGAGGGGGCAGGGGAAGGAGUAGAAGGAGAAGAAGAAGAUGGAGAGAAAUCAAGAAUAAAGGCAGCUGAAGAAACGGAAGAAGGAGAGGCAGAGGCUUCAGAGGAGAAAGAAGAAGAAGGUGAAACCACUGCCCAGGAUUCUGUAACAGGAGUGACUGAAGGAGACGGUACAGAGACCAUUGCUGCGUCACAGCAUCCCACCGAAGACCUGUCUACCGUUACUGGGGUUGCUCCUACUGUAUCACAGGAAUCUGAAGAUGUGGAUGAAAACCACCCAGAGGUAAUCCAAAUGGUAGAAGCUGCAGUGAAGGAAGCUGAGAAGCUCUCCUACCCCAUUGGUGCUGAUCAAUAUGUAGACUGUGUAGAAGAAGCUGUAGUUGAGAUACAUAGAGAACUCAGAAAGAAAGAUCCCAAUGGACCUAGUGCCGGUGGAUGGAUCAUUGAUAACUUCCCUCAAUCCCGGGACCACUGGACAGUCUUGCUUGACCGUGGUCUGGCCCCUGAUGAAGUCAUAUGCCUCAAGGACAGCAGCGAUAACGGUCUUUACCUGAUGAAGCGAUGGUACAGACUCAACAGAGAUGAGGUGGACACCAAGGCGAGAGAGAGGAAAGAAGCGGAAGAGAGAGAGAAACAAAGGGUCUUAGAAGAUGCAAGUAAUACAUCUAGGGACCCUACUGGUAGUACUGGACUCAACAGGAUACAAGAGGAACUUGAGAAAGAAGAAGCGGCUAAAGCAGCAGCAGCAGCGGCAGCAGAGGAAGGUGGUGAUGAAGAUGCAGCAGCAAAAACACAGGAAGAGAAACCUGAAGGAGAGAAAGAAGACGGAGACCAAGAGGGAGGAGAAGCAGAAGGAGAAAAGGAUGGAGAGAAGGAUGGAGAGACAGCUGGAGAAGGAGGAGCAGGAGGUGGAGAGGAAGGAGAAGCUUCUCCCACUUCUGGUGGAGGGGUGGAGGGUGAUGCAGCACCGGGCGUGUCUGAUGGCGAACAAAAACCCAAAGAAGGCACCACAACCGAUGCAGACCCUACUACUACUGUAACUUCUUAUGAAGAGAAAGCUAAGACUGAGGAAGAAGAGGAGGAAGAGGAACAACCUCCUCCCAUCCCCAUCCCUGAAGAAGACCCUCUACCUCCCGAUGGUCCAGAGACAAGCAAGUUCAAAGAUCAGAGGAAUGAGUUUGAGAGGGAGUGGCCGUCCAUCCAAGCUCUUCUCACAGGGACUAUCAACCUUGAACCAAUCCAGAUUGAGAUUGAGAAUAAGAAGACCGAGGAUAUCAUCAAGGAAUCACACACCAUGGUGGAACAACCAUACACCUACAGACCAUGGGAGUAUAGUAGUAUUGAUAUGGAUGAAGAGGAUGAAGAUGCAGCGGCUGAAGCUGAUGAGGAAGGAGAUGAGAUGGAGGAAGAAGAGGAUGAAGAAGUCACUAAGAAUAAGAAGAAGCAGUUUGGUGAUACCAAGCACUUCUGUCCUGUAGCUCUGAAGGAGAAGUUUGUUCUCUGGCCAGGUAACCCAGAGAUAGCAGCUAAGUACAGGGAGAAGGUCUACUACUGUUCCAACCCAGAGGCUAGGGAUAAGUUCAUUGCUGAACCAACCACGUUUGUGGCUAAAGGAAGGCCGUUUCAGCCUCCUCCAGUUCGGCUGUUAAUGCUUGGCCCCAAGGGUGCAGGCAAGUCCCUCCAUGCCAGAGCUAUGGCAGACAAACUAGGCCUGUUCCACAUCAGCUUCAAAGAUCGGCUCCAGGAACUCAUCAUCAAGAAGACCAAGAAGAAGAUAGGACCAGAGUUUGAAGAGGAGGAGGAGGAGCCAGAAGAGGAAGAGCCAGAAGAAGGACAGAAGGAUGGAAUACCAGUUGUAUCAGAACCAAAUGAUGCUGCUGCUGCAGAACAAACUGAGGAGGACAAUGAAGAAGGGGGAGAGGAGGAGCAGGAGGUGGAGUUGAAUGAGUUUGAAGAGAACAUCAAGGGUAACCUGAUGGGUGAUGAAUCACUCAGCAUAGACUCACUUGAGAAGAUUAUACCAGACUGGUGGAAUCUAGAACCUUACAAAUCAACUGGUUUCAUCUUAGAAGGGUUCCCUCGCACCUCUGAGGAAGCUCAAUUCAUGGCUGAAAACGGUCUCUUCCCGGACGCUGCUAUCCUGCUCAAUGUAGAAGAUUCAGACAUCACAAGCAGAUUGCUCCCGCCCAAGCUGGAGAAAUGGCGCAAGCGACGGGAUCGCAGGGUGGCCAGGAGAGAGAAGCGUAAGGCCAAGAAGAAGAAGGAGCGAGAGGAGGCGAUCAAGAAGCGACGUCAAGAACUCAUCUCAGAGGCGGAUGAUAGGAAAGCAAAGAGACAGGCAGAGUUAAGGGCUCAGAGAGCAGCAGAUAGAGACAGCGAUGACUCCGAACCAUCAGAUGAAGAAGGGUUUGAUGAUGAGGAAGAGGAAGAUAUCGAGGCUAUGCUGGCUGAAGAGUUUGAAGAGGAGGAGGAAGAAGAGGAAGAGGAGGAGGAGUUGGAAGAAGACGCCAUUGAGAGACUGAAGAAUGAGAUUGGCGAGGUGUAUGAUGAUGAUACAAGUCGCAUCUCAGGUUUACAGGAAACUCUUGAAGAGAUCAUGAUCCCUCGGAUGGAACUGAACGGAGGUCGCAAGCCUCACAUUGUCCGCUUCACCCUUGAGCAGAGCCUGAGACCCGUCCAGGAGUUCAGAGAGAGUCUCUUUGAGAAGGUGUAUCCCAUCAGAGAGAUGGUAGCUAGGAAGAUGCUUCAGAUUGGUUAUAAACAUCAGUCAAGGUUUGGAAGAUGGUGUCCUGUUAAGCUGCUGGAAGGAGACUGUAUACAACCAAUGCAGGGUCACACCUACCCAACGUUCCCAGCGGUAUACCGUCAGCACAUUUACUUCAUGUCAACCCCUCAAGCUAGGGAGGAGUUUGUCAUGCAUCCAUUGAAGUAUCUGAAGCAACCCUCUCCCAAGCCUGUAGUACCGGUUAGGAUGGCCAUCAUUGGACCACCAAAGUCUGGAAAAACUUCAUUGGCUAACCGGUUUGCAUCAGAUUACGGCAUGAUGAGACUGUCAAUCGGUGAAGCAGUCAGGUUUAUCUUGACCCAACAACCCAAGACACAGCUAGCUAAACUAAUCAAUGCUCAGAUCAAGAAGGGUAUCCCGCUCCCUGAUGAACUUGCCAUACGAGCCUUAGAGGUCAAUCUCCUGGAUACAAGGUCAUCGACCAGAGGCUACGUCCUUGAUGGUUACCCAGUCACCAAACACCAGGUUGAUCUAAUGACAGAGCAUGGUAUUAUCCCAGUGGUUAUUCUUGAGCUUAGUGUUGAUAGCAGAGAACUCAUGGUCAGAGGAAUGAAAGAUAGACAUUCUUCAGAAAGGUUGUUACCGCUCCAUGACAGUGCCCAGAUCUUGGCUCUGAAGAUCGCUGCCUGGCAGAAAGAGAUUACAUCUGUGAGGGAGUAUUACAAAGAGACUCAUAAGAACUGGGUCAGUGUGACGGGGGAGAAGUCAAAGUGGUGGGUUUGGAACAGAGCUGCUGACCAUUCUAAGGACAGCGUUCGUAGGAUACAAGACUAUCUGCAGAGGAUAUCAGAAGGCAAAGCAGCAUCCAUUGCUGACAUGUGCAUCACUCCAAAGGAGUUCUUCUCCCGUCUUGGUGACUUUGGCCAGUACUGUCCAGUCAGUCUGGCCAAAGAUGGUGAGCUGGUGGACUGUGCUGGACAGAUCAACCUGGACAAUGCUGCAGAGUUCCGUGGUCGCUACUAUAAGAUGGAGAACCCUGAGAAGGUCAAGGAGUUCCUGGCCAGACCAGAACUCUAUGUGCCACCUCAAGCUCCGAGGGCGUUACCUCCUCCAGAGCUGCUACCUAAGAGGAGAACAGCCAUGGAUGCUAAGAAGAUGUUUCCUAUGCAGAUUGAGCUUCAGGGAUACUGUCCUGUUACCUACCUGGAUGGGAAGCUUAGGUAUGAAGCGAUCCUUCCAGGCAACCCAGAUCUUAUUGUAGAGUACAGGGAAAGGAUGUACUGCUUUGAUUCUGAAGAAAAACUGCAGAAAUUCAUGAGGUAUCCUGAACGUUACUACAACCUGAAGUUACCUCACAAGUUACCACCCAGGAAGGACCCUCUCCUAGUUACCUCACUGCCUAUGUUAGGUUACAUGGAACAAACAAUCUCAACGGCCAUCACCAAGGCUCUUACUGCAACAGGGUGCUUCAAACCAAAGUUCCCCUUCGUCUCACCCUCAAGAUCAGCGUUGCUAUAUCUGGCAUUCCAUCUCAAAGCAUACAACCCCAAGAGCUCCGACUAUGUCCGCAAGAAGUACCGCAAGAAACUGGACCAAUUUGAGGAGCACUGUGAACUCAUCCGUUACCUAGGCAACCAGAUGGGACCACGAUCCCGUAGUCCCGAAGAGCUUCCUAUUGACUUUGAUCACAAGAUGCUUCUCUUUCUCAAUCUUAAAGGAAGAGAGCCCACACCAUCAACAUUGGUCGCUAUGUAAAUGUUCACGUUUUGAAGGGACACAUCUAUGUGUAUUCAGAGAUGCUCAGAUCCAUGUACGUCUGCCAAUAGGAUUGAUUCAAACAAGUUUAAAGCCUUUGAAUGCAGAUGUCCUGAAAAUGGCUCAAUCUCUACAAUUGUUUGAAUUGUAAUUGCCUGUGAGGUGACAUUUACACAGUGUCUAAAACUGA